AUGAAAAGUCCUUGUGGAAUAGAAUAUUUGCGUACAUCAUCACUUAUACUCGAUGAUCUUUCAGCUCAAGAUAAUAGUGAUUUUAGACGUGAUCGACCUACAUUACAUAAAGCAGCAAUACAUGAUGACAUACCAGACAAUUUAUGUGAAGGUCGUGCACAACUAUCUGCUAUUGAUUUAAUUGCUUUUUGUAUGAGUUUAAUUAAUCAUGAUCUUGUUACAAAUGGAUUUCCACCUGAACGUAUUAAUCGUAUUGUUGGUGAAAUAUCUUCAUCAAUGAAUGGUUUAUGUAUUGGACAAAUGAUGGAUUUACGUGCAAGACAUAUGGGUAUACGAAAAGAAGUUGAACAACUUGAUGAACUUGAUCAUAUUGCAUAG